UCAGGUGACUGUGGAAUACCAGAACUGGCAGACAACACAGUACCUGUGUCAAACCCAGCACAUAACAUCGGUGCCCGUAUUCGCAUUCAGUGUGCAGAGGGCUAUGUAAGGAAAGCAGGAACAUCCAACCUGAUCCGAUGCACUCAACAACAAAAUGGCAAUGCAUCCUGGCACUCUGACCUUCCUCUCAAGUGUAUACCUGAUCCCAAAAAGCCACAUGUGGCCACAAAGACCCAAAGGCCUCAUCAACAAUUCACAUCAUCCACCACAGAAAGAACAGCAAGAAAGCAUCCCACACUUCAUGGCACAAGCUCGCCAACCACGGCAACAGGAUAUAUAACUUUGACAACAACAAAUGAAGUUGUCACAACCAAAUCAAGAAGAACCACCAGCAAGCCAACUUUGAUGAGCACAACAAAAGAAACGGAGUCUAUUACA